AUUUUUCGACGACGGCAGUCGCCAAUGCACUCCCAAGGUGGAGUUACGCGUCGCCGCCAAACGGUGAAACCUUUCUAAAAUACGUUCAAUAAACAAAUUCUUUUUGUGACUUGUGACCCUUUUUGGAUUUGGAAUACUGGCUGGUGAAAAUGAACAUACUAUGGUGCGGCCUCACAAUACAAUCAGUCUUGUGGACGUGCGUGUGGAGUCACGGGCGGUUGAUUGAGCCCCCUUCCAGAGCAUCUGCCUGGAGGUAUGGCUUCGACACCCCACAUAACUACAAUGACCACGAACUCUACUGCGGUGGGUUCUCCAGACAAUGGAACAAGAACAAUGGAAAGUGCGGAGUAUGCGGUGACGCUUGGGACGCUCAACAACCUAGGGCACACGAAUACGGAGGUAGAUUUUACAAAGGUGUUAUUGUCCGAAAAUAUGCCCCAAAAGACGCUAUCACGAUCAAGGUGGAACUCACAGCCAAUCAUAAUGGCUAUUUCGAAUUUAGAGUAUGCGACGAACAUAUAGGAACAACUCAAGAUUGUUUAGACAAGAACGUCUUGAAAAUAGACGGCAGAGACGGAACUAAAUUCUAUCCUAGAGAUGGCAAUAGAAUUUAUGAAAUGAAGUACAGAUUACCUGAUGAUUUUGAGUGCGCGCAUUGCGUAAUGCAAUGGCGAUACAUCGCAGGGAACAAUUGGGGAAAAUGUGAGAAUGGAACAGAAGCAGUCGGCUGUGGACCGCAAGAGGAGUUCAGGGCUUGCGCUGAUAUAGCUAUUGGUGAUCGCUUCGCCACAACUACGAGAAGACCGAGACCUUCGUAUGUGCCACCUAACAGGAAACCACCAACUGUGCCGACACCAGAAGAAACUUCUGGAAAGGGCUGGUACGGUGUUGUCGUUGCUGUCGUGGCCUUGUUCGUCACGCUGGCAACACUGUCCGGCUUAUACCUGUAUUACUAUAGAGGCGGAAUGAGAAUAAAGAAUUUGUUGAAGUCGAAAGUCCCUGCGCCAGCGCCAGUGCCACCUCCUAGACAUAAGAGAUCCUCCCUUUCAAGAGAACAGCCACCAGAAUUGAGACCAACUAAAGUAGCGACAAUUCCCGAUUCGGGAUUCGAAACUGUAGAUCUAAGAACUAAAUAAGAUGCUAUUUUAAUAUUAAGUUGACUGUAGCAACGUACCACUGCCCUAAGUGAUAAUAGCGUGAAGGUUGAAUGUUUGAAUGGUGAGAACUGCGAUUGAUUUAUCAGUGUAUUGUUGAUUGAUAAAGAGGUUUACCUAGUAUUUGACUAUGAUUUACUAUUGUAAAUUUUAUUUAUGUUAUUAAAUGUAAGUAAAAUAUGGACACCUGGUUGUUCUUUA